CUGACAUUAAAACUUCAUUCUCGAGACAGGCAUCAUUUCUGUUUUAUCGUCACAAAAUAUUUUACUGAAAUCAUUAAAGCAAACACGCCACACCACAAAACAACAUAAAAACAGUUCUGCUUUUUCACAAAUCGAAUCGAAAGAGGACGCUAAGCAAUAGCUUGGUUUUUUCUUUCGUCGUUUGACGUACAUCGACCGAAGAAUUUGACAAUAGAACACCGAAAUUCGACAGAAAAGUUCAGGCGUCCCAUACUACCGCAGUAGUAUAAAAGUAAAAAGAAAAUGCAGGAAAUUGGAAUGAGUUUGGAUGAAAUAAUCCAAAAGAAGAAAACGAAUGGACCGCGCAAGGGGAACGAACGAUUCCCAAAGUCUAACAGACGGCCGCAACCCAACAAUUCGAAGGGUGCGCCAAGUGCCGGUCGAUUCAAUGCUGGCAAACCGGUUGUCGACGCUCGCAACAAAAUCAUACAGAAGAAUCGUUCGAAAAUCCGGGACGCCCGCGACAAACUGGUUCAAAUAGCGAAACGAAGCGGUGACGCCCGAUUGAAAUUGAUGAAAAAACAGGAAAAUCACAGGGUUCCAUUGCAUCUAACAACAAGAAAGCAACGACGCCAACCGAUGAUACCGGAUCGUAAGCCAGCCUAUCGCCAGCACGACGAUUUAAUGGACAUCGAAGAUGAUUUCAUACCAGCUCCGCUAGCAUUGCGUCGCACGGUAAAGAAUGAAAUUGCAAUGAUGCCACCGUUGCCCACGUUCAAAGUGGAUCGGCGUCCACCGUCGAAUCCUUGGAAUUCAGAUCCGUUCGAUUGCUAUGAAGUGCCCACCGAACGUCCCGUAGACGUUUCGGAACCGCGCCAUUUGCAACGGACUAUUCGCAAUCCCGAAUUGGACAUGAUGCCCAGGAAAGGCAUACUACGAUCAUCCAGGCCACUCAGCCCUCCACCGUCGCAUAGUCAUGGUCAUGGUCAUGGCAGUUACAUUCCCGACGAGAACUCUCACUUAUCGUACAAAAUGCGUACACGUCUCAAGACUUUGCCCGAUUCGAACGUAUCGAUGGGAAUGUUCUCCAACCCGUACACGAAACCAUUGUCACCACCGAAGAAUAGCGGAUAUCGAAUUGUUGUCAGCAAUCUCCACAGCAGUGUCAGUCAGUCUGACAUUAAGGAACUGUUCGAAGACAUUGGUACUUUGAUGGAAGCCCGUUUGGUGCGACCUGGCGUUGCCGAAGUCAUUUACACAUCGAUGAAGGAUGCCGAAACAGCUGUCGACACGUAUCACAAUCGUCAGCUGGAUGGUCAACCGAUGAAAUGUUUGCUAGUGAAUCCACGAUCGAUUCAGAACAAGCCAACAGCCCCAGCAAUCAAAAGAAGCAGCUAUUAUGGCAGCCCGAACAGCACCACAAACAAAUCAUUUGAAGUUGACAUUGAUGCAUUGCAUUCGGUUUUGUUUCGACGGCAUUAGUCUAACUAAAUAAAAAAAAAUCCAAAAAAAUGGGUCGCUGUUUUUAUGUAAAUAUAAUUGUUUGGUACGAACAUCAUUUAGGGAACGCUUAAGCGAUACUGUGCAUUGCAUAGACGGUAAAUCGUGUGUACGCCUACGGGUAACUAUAGUCUGCUUUUAGGUGGGUACACACGCUCAAAUAUUUUUUUUUUUUUCAAUUUUUCCAACAAAAUUUAU